AUGGACCAGUAUGUUCCCACAGCUCCUCCCCAAUUCCCCAUAACACAGCUGGGAACAUUUAAACAAGAUGCAGGAAAGGAAUGGAUACUCAAGGGGAAUUUUCUGCAGAAGCAAGCAACUACCACAUUGAGUUUGUGGUUUGCAAAUGAAUACCAUAUUCAUUUCUUCACAUUGUUGGUUCUUUUCCAUGUGAUUGGUGUUGGUGAGGGUCACAGCAGGAUACAAGGUAUUUCUGAAGACUGGAAAAGGGCAAACAGCAUAUUUUGA